AUGUCAAAUCCGUCUACCUUUGUCUCUCUGCCGCUGCAUACCAAGUCCUCUUCUACCACUUCUUCUACCUCUACUCUGGCUCACGCCCAACCAAAUCCUCAAACCCAAACCAAAAUGCCCGCCGCCGUCAACUCAACCGCCAACCGCCAAACCGGCACCAUCAAGUGGUACAACGACGCCCAGGGCUUCGGCUACAUCACCUCCGACUUUGGCGGCGAGCUCAUCCUCCGCCGCCAGUCCAUUACCGAGCACACCCAGCAGCUCAAGUCCGGCAUGAAGGUCUCGUAUGAGGCGGUGCAUCUGCCCAUGUUGCUGAUGGCCGAGCAGGUCCAGCCUGAGGAGGAGUAG